GGUGAUCUCAUCAUCAAUUGCCCUACCUAUCAGCUUGCCACCGCAUUCAGUGAUGCAGGUCUUCCUGUCUACAAGAUGAUAUUCAGAGCCAGCACACAAAUCCACGGUGCUAGCGCCGCUUUCCUUAACUCGUCUGCUCCUCUGACAUAAGAUCCGGAAUUGGCCGCAAAGAUGCAAGAUUAUUGGAUCUCGUUUGUCAAGACCAUGGAUCCUAACGGCGGAAAGAAUGAUUCCUCUGGAGUUCAAAGGCAGACGUGGCCGAGGUACACCGGAAACUGCAGGAAUGAGACGAGCUUCUCGGUGUUGGAGGUCUAUGGAAGUGACGUCAGUGUGAAAGCUGAUGAAGACACUGAUGGCCGUUGUGGUUUCCUGCUUGGACAUUCUGAGAAGAUUACGAAUUGAGGCAGAAGAGCCCUUCGACCGUUUUGGCAACUAGCUCUCUAUGGAUGCGAUUGCAAUCAGAGUUGACGGUGGAUGGAGUAAAACUCCACUCCACUCCAAACUCUAGUGCUAGAGUGGAGUGGAGUGGAGUAGUAGGGGGGUUAGAGUAGAGUGGAGUAGUAUGCUCCUAACUCCAGCA